AUGGACAAGUUAGUCGUGAAUUACUAUGAAUACAAGCACCCUAUAAUUAAUAAAGACCUAGCCAUUGGAGCCCAUGGGGGCAAGAAAUUCCCCACUUUGGGUGCUUGGUAUGACGUUAUUAAUGAGUAUGAAUUUCAGACGCGUUGCCCUAUUAUUUUAAAGAAUUCCCAUAGGAAUAAACAUUUUACAUUUGCCUGUCACUUGAAAAACUGUCCGUUCAAAGUCUUGCUGAGCUAUGCUGGUAAUGCUACAUCCUCAGAAACUUCAUCUCCUUCUGCUAAUAAUAACACGAACCCUUCGGGUACUCCUGAUCAUAUUCACCAUCAUGGCGACAAUAUGAACAACGAGGACAAUAAUAAUAACAAUGGCAAUAAUAAAGUCAGUAAUGACAGCAAACUUGACUUCGUUACAGAUGAUCUUGAAUAUCAUCUGGCGAACACUCAUCCGGACGAUGCUAAUGAUAAAGUGGAGUCGAGAAAUAAUGAAGUGAGUGGGAACAAUGACGAUGAUGGUGAUGAUAACAACAUUUUUAAACAGCAAGAUGUUACCAUCAAGCACGAUGCUGAAGAUGAUUCAAGAAAUAAAUCCUCUAUUGAUCAAGGAUUAGAAGAAGCAAACGGUUCUGCUACUGGAAAUGACAAUAGUAACCACCAUCACAACGACGAGGAUGACGUCCAUACCCAGAUGACAAAAAACUAUUCCGACGUAGUGAACGAUGAAGACAUCAACGUUGCCAUUGCUAAUGCUGUUGCCAACGUGGAUUCUCAAUCAAACAAUAAGCAUGAUGGCAAAGAUGAUGAUGCCCCUAAUAACAAUGAUGCCCACGACAAUGAUAAUAAUAAUGAUCACAACAACAACAACAACAAUAACAACAACAACGUUGGAAGCCAUGGCGUUUCAUCCCACUCACCUUCCUCUAUACGAGACACUUCUAUGAAUUUGGACGUCUUUGAUUCUGCUACCGAUGAUAUACCGGGCCCAUUCGUCGUGACCAAAAUUGAGCCUUACCAUAGUCAUCCACUAGAAGAUAACCUGUCACUAGGGAAAUUUAUUCUAACAAAGAUUCCCAAGAUUUUACAAAACGAUUUGAAGUUUGAUCAAAUACUAGAAAGCUCUUACAACAAUUCUAACCACACAGUGAGUAAAUUUAAAGUUUCUCAUUACGUGGAAGAGUCCGGUCUUUUAGACAUUUUGAUGCAAAGAUAUGGGUUAACGGCUGAGGAUUUUGAAAAAAGGCUACUGUCUCAAAUCGCCAGACGUAUAACUACGUAUAAAGCCAGAUUUGUUUUGAAAAAGAAAAAAAUGGGCGAAUAUAAUGACCUACAACCUUCUUCAUCUUCCAAUAACAGCAAUAACAACGAUGAUGAGCUAUCUAACACAAAUAUGAGAAAUAAUCCUAUCGACUACACCAAACAUCAGGAAAUCUCAAGUGCGGGGGCCUCGUCGAACACAGCCAAGAAUGAAAAUAAUAACAAGAAUGACAAUAAUGAUGAUAAUAACAGCAACAAUAAUAAUGACACCUCGAAUUUAAUAGAAAGUGUACUAGAUAAAACAUCUAGCCACCGUUACCCACCCAAGAAGAUACCAAGUGUUAAUAAAUGGAGCAAACCAGAUCAAAUAACUCAUUCGGAUGUGUCCAUGGUUGGACUAGAUGAAUCAAAUGAUGGCGGUAAUGAAAAUGUUCACCCAACCUUAGCCGAAGUAGACGCUCAAGAAGCUCGUGAAACUGCUCAGUUGGCCAUAGACAAGAUCAAUUCUUACAAGAGAUCCAUUGAUGAUAAGAACGGUGAUGACCAUAACAAUCCGUCGAGAAAUGUGGUAGAUGAAAACCUGAUCAGUGAUAUGGAUUCAGAAGAUGCUCACAAGUCUAAGAGACAACACUUAUCGGAUAUCACGCUGGAAGAGAGAAAUGAAGACGACAAACUGCCACAUGAAGUGGCGGAACAGUUGAGGUUGUUGUCAUCGCAUUUGAAAGAGGUAGAGAAUCUACACCAGAACAAUGAUGAUGACGUAGACGACGUGAUGGUGGAUGUAGAUGUUGAAGCGCAAUAUAAUAAGAACCCAACUCACCAUCAUAAUAGUCACCAUAGCCAACCUCAUCACGAUGAAGAAGAUGUCGCUGGACUGAUGAGGAAAGCCCAUGAUGAAGAAGACCUUUCUGAUGAAAACAUCCAACCUGAAUUAAGAGGCCAAUAG